AUGAAUUAUGUCAACAAUUUUGGGGGUCAAAGACAAGGAGGACAUCAGUGGAGACCAGCACCCAAUAAGCAGUACAGACCAAACAUGCCACAACCUGGAGGUAUGCAACCCCAAGGCCAAAUGGUGUCAUAUCAGAGACAACAGGGCUAUCCACAGCAGAACCAGGAAAAGUUGGCAUAUCAGCCACCUCCUCAGCAACAGGAUGGCAACAUGGUAGAAAUUAGGGGUAUGCUUCAACAACUCAUUAGAACAAAUGGAGAUCAGCUGAUGGAAGUAAGUCUCCGGAAUGGGAGAGAUUUAGACAGAGAGCAAGAGGUUGCGCAAUCCAGAAGAGAGACUAAGCCAGUCGCUCCAGCUCCAUUAGAGAUAGAUGAAUCAGCAGAACUUAUUGAAGUGGUGGUUAAACAGGUUCAGGAUGAUAAGGGUAAGGCUAAAGAGAGUGAACAAGAUGCAGAACAAGUGGUACCUCUUGUGCCACAAAACCCCAACAAAGAGAAGCCAGCAAGACCUGUCCACAGUAACUCUGACACAGACAUGCAGUGCAGUAGUGACAAGACCCAUGGCUCAAAAGAUGUCUGA